CUUGUCACCCACACAACCUCAACCUUGGUCCAACAACAUUGAGGCGCUGCUAUUGAACAGGCCCAAGGAUCGUUUCUCGUGACCGGCGCAUGCUGAUGCUCCUUUCCGCAGAGUGAAGCCCUCCGCGCGGUUUGCGCGACCUCACGUGCGCGCGCAUCAAAGCGCUCACGGAGCACAUACAAGGCAUCCGUUCACCGAGCCCGUCAAGCACAUCACAUUCAACGCCGUACAAUUAGCCAUCAUGACGGACAAGCUCCCUCCCAACCUGUUGGCCCUCUUCGCACCCCGCCCCGCUCUUCGCUACCUGCCCCCUGCCGAUCACGCGCCUGAAGACCGGCGCACCGCACGCAUCACUGGUGUGGCUGCCUUCUUACCCGCGCUCAAAGAGGAGUUCGGCGACUACAAACCUACAGAAUCCUGGCUGGAGAAGCGUGACCGCCGUAUACUGGAGAAGCAAGAACAUCAGAAAUAUUUGACCGGAGAAGGCGCCAAGGAGCUUUACAAUCCCACCAAAGAUGAGAACAUUACCGGCGAUGCCUUCAGCACGCUCUUCGUUGGCCGACUGAGCUACGAUACCGACGUCAAGGACUUACAGCGGGAAUUCGGCCGGUUUGGCCCCAUCGCACGGAUACGCGUUGUGCAGGAUAAUGGUGGUAGCGAGAAAGAUUCGACGAGGCGACAGAAGAAGUCGCGCAGAGGUAUGAGCCGAGGGUAUGCUUUCGUGGUCUUUGAGCAGGAGAGGCAUAUGAAAGCGGCAUACAAAGAGACGGACCACCUCGUCAUCCGUGGCCGCAAAGUUCUCGUGGACGUAGAGCGUGGUCGCACAAUCAGCGGGUGGCGACCACGACGUUUCGGCGGCGGAUUAGGCGGGCGCCAUUACACCAAGGCUCCAGCUAUCAAGCCGUACAGCAGCUUCAACUCCGGUGGCCCACCCGCUGGUCCUGGUGGUUUCCGAGGCGGCGGGUUCCGCGGCGGUUACAACGACCGUGGAGGCUUCCGUGGUGGGCGAGGAGGCGGUGGUUUCAGAGGCGGACGUGGCGGGAUCGGCUACUCAAAUGGUGCACCGGACGGCGCACCUGCUGGUCCACGUUCUGGCGGCAGGUUUGGUGGUGGUGGUGGGUACGAUGACCGCGGCGGAGCGCGGAAUGCCAACUACGAGCCUUUACCGCCGAGAGGGGCCGGGGGCGGUGGCGGUGGCGGUGGCGGUGGCGGCUACCGAGAUCGCGAUGGAGGCGGCGGCGGCGGCGGCGCAGGUGGGGGUGCGUAUACCGGCCAGAAGCGGCCGUACGAUGGCGGUGGGUAUGAUGAUCCGAGGUCACGGCGGAGAUAUUGAUUGAAGGUGCAUCCUG